AUGGUCAAUCUCGUGCGCGCGGCUCUUGCGGCAGCGGUGGUUGUACAAGCCGUACAGGCAGGUCCUGCUCCGACUCCAACUAUCGACCGUCGGCUGGUGGCAGCUCCCAAAACCACAUCUGUGAGUGCAUAGAUUUUCAGCGGAACCUGUUUGGGACUCGGAUGCAGGCACGACCAAUGACGGCUUGCUGAUCGAACCAGGCCAUGCUGAUCUGGCCAUUCCAUACCGCGAGCAGGCUUCCACUGGAACGGGAGGUAUUGCCAGCACGGUGUUCUGCGAUGUGCUAGGAGGUGUAUUGGGAGGUUGUGGAUCGGGGGGUGCAACCACGACGUCGAACGGAGCGGCAGCAUCCUCUGCUAGUGCUGCGAGCCUGGCAUCGGCUGCUAGUGCUGCUUCUGUGGCCUCGGCAGCAUCAGCCGCCAGUCUAGCCAGCAUAGCCAGCGCUUCGUCAGCAUCAGUUGCCAGUGCGGCCAGUCUGGCCAGUCUGGCCAGUCUGGCAAGUGUAUCUUCGGCUUCGGUCGCCUCUGUCUCUCGGGCAAGUGUCAGCGCCGCCAGUGCUGCUAGUGCUGCUUCCGCGGCGUCUUUGGCAAGCGUGCAAAGUGUUCAGAGCGCGGCUAAUGCAGCUUCUUUGGCGAGCGUUGCCAGUGCUUCUUCGGUUUCUGCCGCUGCUGCGGCAGCCAGCGCUGCUUCCCUUGCUAGCGUUCAAAGCGUGCAGAGCAUAGCUAACGCUGCAUCUCUCGCGAGUGCGGCGAGCGCGUCUUCUGCUGCUUCGGCAGCGGCUGCAAGUUCAGCCUCGCUGGCCAGCGUAGCUAGUGUACAGAGCGUACAAAGCGUCGCAAAUGCCGCGUCGCUCGCCAGUAUUGCUAGUGCCUCCUCGGCCUCUGCGAACGCCGCCGCAAGCGCGGCAUCGCUGGCAAGCGUAGCAAGUGUGCAGAGCGUACAGAGCGUCGCGAAUGCUGCCUCGCUGGCAAGCGUGGCCAGUGCGUCUUCCGCUUCGGCCGCCGCUGCUGCAAGUGCGGCGUCGCUCGCGAGCGUGGCAAGUGUGCAGAGCGUACAGAGCGUCGCAAGUGCUGCCUCGCUCGCCAGCGUAGCCAGUGCCUCGUCAGCUUCCGCUGCUGCGGCUGCCAGCGCAGCCUCAGUGGCCAGUAUUGCAAGCGUUUCAUCGGUCUCUGCUGCUGCUGCUGCCAGUGCAGCCUCGCUAGCAAGCGUCGCAAGCGUUUCAUCGGUCUCUGCUGCUGCUGCUGCCAGUGCAGCCUCAUUAGCAAGCAUUGCAAGUGCUUCAUCGGUCUCUGCUGCUGCUGCUGCCAGCGCUGCCGCACAGGCUAGUAUCGCAAGCGUCUCCUCGGCCUCGGUCGCUGCCGCAGCAAGCGCGGCUGCAUCCGCGAGCUUGGCCAGUAUCUCCUCAGAAUCUGUGGCAUCUGUGUCUCGCGCAGCCGCCAGCGCAAGCAUCCUCUCAGCUCAGCUAGCCGCAGCGUCUUCGGCAUCAGUUCUCUCGGUCCAACAAGCCGCAGCAAGCGCAGCGUCGCUGGCAAAUGCCGCCUCGCUCGCUAGUGUCGCCAGCGUCUCGUCAGAGUCUGUAGCUUCGGUCUCACGAGCUGCUGCAAGCGCAAGCAUUCUCUCGGCUCAAUUGGCCGCGGCGUCUUCAGCGUCUGUCCUUUCGGUCCAACAGGCGGCAGAGAGCGCCGCCUCUCUUGCUAGUGUCGCAAGUGUUUCAUCCGAAUCAGUCGCAUCCGUCUCUCGAGCCGCAGCAAGUCAAGCCAGCGUAGCUUCGGUCCUCUCCGCCUCUCAAGCUGCAGCUUCAGCUGCCUCCGUUCUCUCGGCUCAAUUGGCGCAAGCGUCGGCCGCAUCACUGGCCAGCGUAGCAUCGCUCGCCAGUCUCGCGAGCGUCUCAUCAGAGUCGGUGGCCUCCGUCUCUCGAGCCGCAGCGAGUCAGGCCAGCGUCGCAUCGGUACUCUCAGCGUCUUCAGUCUCAGUCCUCUCAGCGCAACAAGCAGCAGCUUCCGCUGCUUCUGUGCUCUCUGCCCAACAAGCCCAAGCAUCGGCCGCUAGCAUUGCCUCCCUCGCCUCUCUCGCCAGCGUUUCUUCAGAGUCUGUCGCAUCAGUCUCUAGAGCUGCCGCAAGUCAAGCCAGCAUCGCCUCUGUUCUUUCGGCCUCUUCCGCCGCUGCUCUGUCUGCAGAACAAGCAGCAGCAUCGGCCGCCUCGGUCGCCUCGUCUCUAUCCGCCGCAUCCGUGGCAUCAGCUGCUGCCUCGGCGGCUUCGGUAGCUUCGUCUCUCUCGUCCGUCAGCGCUGCCUCCGUCGCCGCAUCACUUUCGGCCGCAUCCGUAGCGUCAGCUGCUGCCUCGGCCGCCUCGGUGGCAUCAUCUUUAUCCUCCGUCAGCGCUGCCUCGGUCGCCUCGUCGCUCUCGGCUGCAUCAGUGGCAUCAGCAGCAGCUUCAGCAGCCUCCGUUGCUUCCUCUUUGUCAUCCGUCAGUGCUGCCUCCGUGGCAUCCUCACUUUCUGAGGCAUCAGUAGCCUCUGUUGCCUCAUCGUUGUCAUCUGUCAGCGCAGCCUCGGUCGCAUCCUCACUUUCAGCGGCAUCAGCAGCAUCAGUCGCCUCUUCGAUCAGCGCGGCCAGCUUGGCCCAAUCAAUCUCCGCCGCAAAUGCUGCAGCCUCAAUUGCUAGCCUCGCCUCGCAAGCAAGUGUCGCAUCUGCGCUGUCUAGAGCUUCUGAGGCCGCCUCGCUCUCAAGCGUCGCCAGCGAGGCAAGUGUGGCUGCUUCUCUGUCUUCUGUCAGUGCCCAAGCGUCCCUUGCAAGCGUGGCUUCAUCAAUCUCGGCAGCAAGUAUUCAAGCUUCUCUUGCAAGCGUCGCUUCAUCAAUAUCAGCUGCUAGUGCCGCAAGCGUCGCCUCGGAAGUCGCUGCAGCAUCUCAAGCCAGCGUUGCUUCUGCGCUCGCCGCGUCGAUCUCGUCAGCCUCGAUUGCCAGCGUUGCAUCACAAGCCUCGGUUGCUUCGGUACUUUCCCAAGCCUCCGUCGCCUCUGCUCUAUCCGCCGCCGCCGAGGCUAGCAGAGUCUCUUCCAUCUCGGCAGCCAGCGUGGCUUCACAGUUGUCGGCAUCUUUGUCACUGGCGUCAGUCCAAAGUGUCGCCUCACAGGCUUCUGUAGCAAGCGCUCUUUCGGCUGCAAGUCAAGCUGAAGCCAGUCGAAUCUCGUCCAUUUCAGAGGCUAGUGUAGCAGCAGAAUUGUCGGCGUCUUUAUCUUUGGCAGCGGCACAAAGCAUUGCAUCACAGGCCUCCAUAGCCAGCGCUAUUUCCGCUGCGAGUCAAGCAGCGGAGGCAAGUCGCAUCUCAUCAAUUUCAGCAGCCAGCGUGGCUUCAGACUUGGCGGCAUCGCUGUCGCUGGCCUCGGUGCAGAGCAUCGCUUCGCAGGCAUCAGUAGCGUCCGUGUUGUCAGCCGCACAAGCAGAAGCGAGCCGCAUCAGUUCGAUUUCGGCUGCAAGCGUAGCGGCCGAAGCGUCGCUGUCGCUAGCUUCUGUGCAGAGCUUAGUAUCGCAGGCGUCGGCUGCCUCUGUGCUAUCAGCAGCACAGGCAGAAGCAAGCAGGGCUUCUAUUGCAAGUCUAGCAUCUCAGGCGUCUGUUGCCUCGGUCUUGUCGGCUGGGCAAGCCGAGGCAAGUCGCCUGUCGUCUUUAUCGGCGGCAAGUGUCUCAGCAGAGCUGGCUGCGUCGCUGUCGCUAGCCUCAGUGCAAAGCAUUGCUUCGGAGGCUUCCGUGGCCUCAGCGCUGUCAGCGGCAUCAGCAGAAGCGAGCAGAGUCUCACUGGCAAGUCUUGCUUCGCUGCAGAGCGUGGCGUCUGAGCUUUCGGCAGCUUCAGUGCUUUCAGAAGCUCAAGCGGAGUCUAGUCGACUCUCGUCUCUUGCUAGCGUCAGUAUAGCAUCGGAUCUUGCGGCCUCAGCAUCACGUGCUGCCGCUAGCGCAGCUUCUUCGUUAUCCAUCGCCAGUGCAGCAUCUGUGGCUGCCUCGCAAGCCUCGAUUUCGCUGGCCAGCGUCGCUUCUGAGCUCGCGGCGGCUAGCUUGGCAUCCGAUGCAGCCGUUGCCUCUCAAUCACUUGCCAGCGUUCAAGCUUCGCUCUCCCUUGCAAGCGAGGCCUCUGUGGCGGCGGCUUCAGCAUCAUCUUCGCUAGCUAGUGUCGCGUCAGCGAUCUCUGCGGCAGACGUGGCUUCCUCACUAGCAGCUGCUCAGUCCGCAGCGAGCGCUUCCGUCCUCAGCGCGGAAGCACAAGCGGCUCUAUCGGCAUCUCUGGCAAGCGUUGCGUCGGCACAGGCAGCAGCGAGUCUGGCUCCGUCUCUGUCAAUAGCUAAUCCGGCGUCGACCGCCUUGGAACAGAGCCCCGGCGACCUCACCUCUUUCGCCACGUCAGGCGCUUCCGCUUCCGCUGCAGGAGUUGCAUCGUCUUUGGCUGGCUUGGCCUCUAACACAAAUGCUGCAGCGCAGCCAACAGGAACGCCAGAUCUCACCAGUGCACCUGUCGCCGAACCCACAAGUACAGGUAUUCUGAGCAGCAUUUUGUGUCUUGCCCUCGGACCGUUCGGAGGUUGUGGAAGUCAGGUAACCACACCGGCCGGCGAUGUCACGUCGAUGGUGACAAACGCUAUUCCAACCGCAUCUGCAGGGGUCUCGUUGGGAGCAAGCUCAGGCGAUGUUUCAAUCACUCUUGUGGACCCGUUACCAGCUGUCUCGAUCCCCCUCGUCGAUCCCUCGGUCUCAGCUUCACUGGGCCUCAGUGCAUCAUUAGACGAUUCGGCUCCCACAAGCAUCUUUGACGCACUUACCUCUGCUGUUGGCGACGCAACAUCAGAGGUCGGACCUGGUACGGGCCCGAGUGAGCCUUUUACCACCAGCAUUGCUAGCGCAGUCCUUUCCGAAGCGAGCCAAGCCCUCUCUACGGCAAGCUCAUUGCUGGGUCUCGGCUCCACUGAGCAGGGCAGCGAGCCAAGCCUGGCCCUUCCUGGAGCCGGCACGGUCUCGCUGCCAGGCUCUUUGACUCUGCCUCAAGAUGCAACGUCAUUGUUGCAGCCUGCGUCAUCUCUUCUAUCUCAGGUGGCGCCGACCCCCGCUGGGGACUCUUCUCUGGCCUCGAGUGGGCUCUCUUUGUCCGCGGUAAGUGCACACAGAUGAGUCUGGGGGAGAUGUCCCUUCCCGAUGUGCUGACUCUCACCUCACUCCGGAGCAGGGAGUUGGCGGCGGCAUACUGCCAUCUCUGUCGAUUAGCGGAAGCGCUGCGCUUCCCACCGCGGUCGAUGGCUCCGUUUCCCUCGGCAUCGGCGCUCCGCUCUCAACCACGGAUCUUGCAGACCCAGGGGUCACCAGCCUGACUGCUGGCCUUCCUGCAGCAAGCAACGUCGCACCGGACGCUUCCCUGCAGAUUUCAGCGCCCAGCGUGGAUAUUUCGUUGACGCUCUCUUCGCCUUCCUCGACCUCGGGCUUUGAUGUAUCAUUCUCAGCAGAUCUAUCUGAGUCGGGCGGUCUGCCCCAAGCAACCUCUCUUGCCACGAUCUUACCAUCAGUACUACCAACUGGCAGCCAGGGUGGCCUUUCUUCCGCAGACUUGGGACUCACAGGUAUCGACACUUCCUUGUCUGUGACCUUAAGCCUACCAGACCUCGAUUCUGACUCGGCCUCAGCUGGUGUGUCCCUUUCAGCCAGCAUUCCAGCACCUGUGGUGUCUUCCAUCCCGGUUACCGCGAGCCUCUCUUCUAUUAUCGCGAGCGUUGUGCAGACCGUUACCGAUGCAAUGUCGUCGAUUGACCUCGGCGCCUCGUCCGUGGCAAGCGAGGUCGUACCCGCUACUUCAAGUGUAGACCUGUCAGCAACGCAGGUGAGUCGGCCGGCGUCUCGUGCAUUUACGGACGCAGCUGACGGCUUUGACCCGCGACUCUUGAUACGGUCAGGCAAGCGUCAUCAGCGCAGUCUCGCAGGCGGCAUCCCUACCCACCGAUGAUAGUGGCCUUCUGUCAAGCAUCAUUGACACGCUGAGCGGAAUCACAGGUAGGUCUCGGAUUAGCCCGUCCGUGGAAGCUCGGCAUUCCCACUGACCUUGGUCCAACUCCUCGACAGGUCCAGUGUUCACAUCCGCUCCUGUCCCAAGUAAUGUCCAACCUACGCAGGUCGCCUCUAGCUUGCUUGACUCACUCAGCAGCUCGAUCCAAGCUGUUCCAGGUGGGCACCGCUAGUCUCGAGCUCAGAUGGAGCAUUCCGGCUCAACUAAUCAUAUGUGCUCUGAUUAUUAUCUUUUGCUGCACGCUUUCCCACAGACUCGAUCUCCAUUUCCGACAUAAUCACAGCAUCUAGGCCUCCGGUUUCAGCAGACUUGUCGUUGACGGCGUCGGAGAGCGGCGCAGCAAUUCCUACUGGCUUGACUGAUCCGGCGGGUUCAACUCUGCCCGGCUUGCCACUGGACGCAACAAGCUCACUGGCUCAAGCAGCGUCUAGCAUUCUUAGCGAUAUUGCGCCCAGUGCUAGCAUUUCACUGAGCGAGUCUCUGGGCGCGACGCUCUCUCAAGACUUUUCGAUACCGGCGAACUCUGGCCUCGGAGCUAUACCGUCAUCUGUUGAACAGACCUCGCAGCUGCUUAGCAUAGUAGACUCCAUGACUAGCACCAUCGUGCCCACCGACAAUCCGUUCUCCAGUGCGAUCUCAGACGCGGCCUCUGCCCCAACGUCAUUGGCUGGGGUGGCAACUUCAUCGCUCGGCGCGACCUCCGACAUCUUGCCAACACUGGACCCGUCUGGCGACUUGUCGCCGAGUCAAGCUCUGGCACCAAGUCUGGUCAUGACUGUCGUCGACAGCCUCACGAGUCUGAUCUUCGGACAAACCUCUGCCGGUAUUGCACAGACAUCCCUGCCCAGCGCCACUAGCCUGAGUGUGCCUUUGGAGCCGCCAAUCUCGCUAAUUUCCACCUUGCUCACCGACUUGGGGGCCACAAGCAUAAUCGGCACAAAUGUCGACACGAGUGUCGAAGCAACUGCUGGCUCAAUUCCGACCUCGAUCCUUGAUCAAGCGGGGUCCAUCAUCUCCGACGGUGUUGCGCAGACGACCCUAGCUACCCUGAGUGUGCUUCCCACCGGAUCCGCUGCGACCGACACAAUUCCGGACGUUUCGGGUGAGCUCAGUGCAAGCAUCAGUAUCAGUCUUGGGGUUGAGACCGGAUCUCAGUCAGGACCGGGUGUCGUACUGCCCACAGACCCUCUCACAAGUGUGGGAGGCGACUUGACCAGCGCAAUCGGUGCUCUGCCGACAUCUCUCCCCGCAGCCGAGACGUUGCUGGCUGGCUCAGAUGGGCCAGGAAAUGUGUUAUCCUCUGCAGAUCUUCCUAGCACAGUGGAUCAGUCGGCUCUGUUCACCUCCCUUUCACAGCUCUUCUCGGACAUCGCCCAAGUAACACAAGUCUCACCAACGACUGCGAGUGUACCAUCGAUAGAGACGGUGAUCCCGACUUCACUAGGAGAUGGUGUUCCGGUUUCUCAAGCACAUUCCGAAAUUUCCAGCCUGCUCUCACAGAUAGGCGGCAAUAAUCCAAGUGUGACAGGAACCUUGCCAACUUCGCUUCCCGCCGACCCGACCCUCAGCAGCAUUCGUGGCAGCGAAGGCACGACGCUUGGCGGAUCUGACCUUAUUAAUUCGAUCUCUCGCAUCGUUUCAAGUCUCAUGGACGGAGCAACGCAAGGCCUACCCGCAAGUACAAGUCUUCUACCUGAAUCGCUGCCAGCCUCAAGCAUUGCUCCUGGCCUAGUCAGCUCGAUUACGAGUGCUGGUGCAGUCUUACAAGAUCCUUCUGCCUCGCUACCUCUAGCAACUCAAUUGUCGGACCCUCAGGCGCAAGGUUCUACUCUAUUGGGAUCAUUGUCUUCAGCAGCCGGCCUAGAAUCUGCUCAAAGUUUGCUGUCCAGCCUUCAAAGCGACUUGUUCACCACACCUAUCAUUGGUAGCCCAAGCCUCACCAGUGUUGGUCUGAGCUUGCCAUUCGAGACAGGUCUACAAGAUGCCACAAGUCUCCCUUCGGUACCAAUAGCGACGGAAGGAGGACUUCCCACUGGAACUGCGGCUCUGACCAGCUUGGCAUCUAGUUUGCUUACUGGUGUUCCGCCCAAAGCCUCGGAUGCCACAGAACCGGCAGUGGUGAUUUCAAGCAUACUGAGUUCACUACAAGCCUUGCCGAGCGGUGCAGGCUCCAUCGACGUCCAAAGUGCAAUAUCCAGCAUAGCUCAAUUACUUCCAACAGACGCAGCGAGCACCGUGGUCGAUUCAACGAAUCUACCAUCGCUCACCGUAGCGCCCUCUUUGGACGUGCCUGCUGUCACAAGCUCAAUUGGCGCAGCGGCGAGCAGUGCGGAAGACGCACUGCCAUCGCUGCCUGCAACUUCUCAAGGCACACAGAGCCUAUUAUCUUCGUUGACUGAGAACAUUGGCAGCAUCCUCUCCACCGCGAGCUUGCCAACGUUUUUGCAGCCUACCGACAUCAUCAGUAGUUUCCUCGGUAUCCCAUCUGGCGCUACCAGGUCGCUCAACGCCGACGCUUCUUCUUUGGGAGGUUCCUUAUCAAGCGUGCUGUCCACCACGGGAGUCAUCCAGACAAGCCCGUCCUCGCCUCUUGAAUCGAUUCAAUCGCUCGCUUCCAGCGUCCUCAAUGGAGUAACGCAGACAGAUGGGUCGAAGUUGCCAGCCUCAUUGACUCUUUCUGGCGCAGACUCAUUGCUUCCCGGUGCGCCCACUGCAAGCCUUCUUCCUGUGGAUCCUCAGGCGACUGAAGUAUCUAGCCUGAUUUCGCAACUCUCGUCCAUCCUUGGCGCGCCGUCCCCCACUAUUGCGGUAACAGACUCUCUCCUUUCCGGCGCGCCUACUGCAAGUCUUCCAUCUGUGGAUCCCCAAGCGACCGACGUCUCUAGCUUAGUUUCGCAGCUCUCGUCCAUCCUUGGCUUGCCGUCCCCCACUACUGCGGUAACAGACUCUUUCAUUUCCGGCGCGCCUAUUGCAAGUCUUCUACCUGUGGAUCCACAAGCGACCGAUGUCUCUAGCUUAGUCUCGCAGCUCUCGUCCAUCCUCGGUCUGCCCUCCCCUACCGCCACGGUGCCGGAUUCGAUCUUGCCAACGCAACCCAGCGGAACUGUUCUUCCGGUGGAUCCUCAACUGACGGACGUGUCCAGCUUGCUGUCCUCGAUCCUUGGCCUACCGACGCUCGCAACCGCUGUGCCGGACUCGGUCUUGCCAACGCAACCCAGCGGAACUGUUCUUCCGGUGGAUCCUCAAUUCACGGGCGUGUCCAGCUUGCUGUCCUCGGUCCUUGGCCUGUCGACCCUUGCCACUGCUGUGCCGGGCUCGGUGGUGCCAACGCCACCCAGCGGAACUGUUCUUCCGGUGGAUCCUCAAAUGACGGACGUUUCAAGCUUGAUGUCUUCGAUCUUGGGCCUGCCGACGCUCUCUACCGCUGUGCCGGGCUUGGAGGUACCUACAGCAUCCAGCGCUGGUCUGCCAGUGGACCCUCAAGUGACGGACAUUUCAAGCUUGAUUUCUUCGAUCUUGGGCCUGCCGACGCUUCCUACCGCUGUGCCGGGCUUGGAGGUGCCUACAGCAUCCAGCGCUGGUCUGCCAGUGGACCCUCAAGUGACGGACAUUUCAAGCUUGAUUUCUUCGAUCUUGGGCCUGCCGACGCUUCCUACCGCUGUGCCGGUCUUGGAGGUGCCUACAGCAUCCAGCGCUGGUCUGCCAGUGGACCCUCAAGUGACCGACGCGUCGAGUCUGAUAUCUGCUAUUCUAGGCCUGCCGACGCUAGCGACAGCUGCGCCGGACUCCGCGCUGCCCACAACACCCAUCGCCAGUCCUCCAGUCGAUUCUCAAGCCACUGACAUUUCGAGCCUGGUCUCCCGUUUGUCCUCAAUCCUUGGCUUGCCACCGCUCGCCACGGAUUCGUCAGACAUCUCAUUGACGGCAUCGGCCACAUUGGCGUCAGGAUUGACUUCGCUGAAUGCCUUGCCAACGGGCGGCCUGAGCUCGCUCGUCGGCCAGACGGGUGGCUCUUCGACAUUCGGCCUACCCAUAGAACCUCAAGCUACUGGUAUUUCUAGCUUGAUUUCAAGUCUUUCAUCGCUACUUGCCUUGCCCACGCAGAACACGGCGUUGCCGGGAGUGUCCGUCCUGCCAUCGAACGGUUUGGUAUCAGACUUGACUUCGAAUAUUGCCCUGCCAACCGGGGUGCUCAGUUCUGAUAUUGACUUGCCUGGCAGCUCAUCCACGCUCAAUCUUCCUGUCGAUACCCAACUUCCGGCAUCGAGCCUCCUUGGUAGCUUAACCUCAGUACUGGCAGUGCCAGCAGCGACGCUAGCCCCAUCAGACUUGCCUUUGUCGACGUCCGUCGGCGUAGCAUUGCCAGCGACAACUCUGCCCACCUCCGUGCUUGCUUCCUUCGCUGACGAGGCUUCAAGCGGUCUGCCAACUCCCACACUUCCCGUCGAUCCUCAACUCAGUGCUGUUUCAAGCUUGCUCGUCAGUCUUUCUUCAGUCCUGGCGCAGCCUUCGUUGGAAGCAACCCUGCCGGCGACCGUUGCGGCCUCUGUGACGAUCUCGGCUGACGGCAGUCUACCGUCUGUGCCUGCAACUGUGAGCCUUCCGGUCGACCCGCAAGUGACUGAGGCGAGUAGCUUGCUCUCUAGCCUCUCUUCGCUGCUUGCACUGCCUUCGCAAAGCGCCAGCAUCCCCGUCUCGCUUCCGGUUUCAGUUCUCCCUACGGAUACGACGAGCUUCGGCAACCUUGGGUCACAGCUCUCAAGCAUCGCCUCCGCAGCUGCAAGCUUGACAAGUGUGAUCGGCGGGACAGUCAACCCAGUCAUCUCACAGACGCAGAUCAUCGAUCAGCUCACGACCCAAUUUACUGCUACAACAACCUCUGGUGGCGUCAUCGUCAGUGCGAAUCCCUCUCUGACGAUCUUGCCCACAGUGUCCCUGCAAACCACACUUCCGGCUGGAACGAACUCUUUCCCUAUCAUCACGAAUCGUCCGCCAGACUUGGACUCUUUGGGCUCUAGCCUCUCUUCGGCGCUCAGCAGCGUCACCCGAGAUGUCCCGGAUCCAGUCGCUAGCCAGACAGCGUCCAUCACCCAGCUCGCUAGCUCGAUCAGCUCAUUGCUGGCUGGAUUGCCAACAGCCACAGGAAUCUUGGACAUACCUCUCGUGUCGUCCAUCGAGAGUGUUCUGUCCCAGGUGUUGAGCACAACAGGCUUGGGGUCGCUUGCGCCGGUAUCUACUCCAAGCAGUGACAGUCUGCCAACGCUUCCCACGAACCCAUCGCUUCCAGGAGGUGACAGUCUCCCAUCCGUCGGUCUGAGCUCUGACGGCGUUCUGCCAACGCUCAAUCCCGGCCCAGGUGCGAGUGUAACAUCUAUCGAUCUCGGCAGCUUGUCCACCCUGCUGCCAUCUGGCAUUCCCACGUCGGGCUUAGUGGACCCAGUUGUUUCGCAGGUCAGCCAAGUCGUUUCCGAGGCUCUGUCUGCGUUGCCGACCUUGGCAGAACCAAGCAGCACACUCCCUGGCCCGACUCCCACACAGCUUCCGGUCGACACACAGCUUCCCGUGGACCCUGUGUUUUCACAAGUCUCCCAAAUACUGUCGUCUGUCUUAUCCUCGAUUGCCUUGCCGACAGGGACAAUCGACCAGCCUGAGCCCACCUCGACUCAGCUAUCGUCAAACACACCGAUUGUAUCCACCACGCUCGGCGGUUCCGUUGCUCUGCCCACUACAGCUGCGCUAGAGAGCUUUACUUCCGCCCCAGCAGCAGGCGGCCCGCAGAACACAUUCGCAAGCGCGCCUGCGGUCAGCUCCAUACUUUCUUCGAUUCAAAGCAUGCUCUCGCAGACAGACGGCCGAGGGGCUACCCUGACGUCCAAUGCGGGAGUCUCUUCGACCAUCAGAACAGUCGUGCCCACAGAUGACCGCACCGCGAUCGUUUCCUCGCUCAGCAGCGUUUUGUCGCAGAUCUUUUCACCAUCAACUUCAGCGCAGGGUGGUGAUCCCUCAGUUUCGGCAAUCCCAACCGCUGGCUCAGGCGCAACUAGUCAGCUUCCAGCGACCUCUUUGCUCUUGUCACUCAGCAGCGCGCUCUCGCAGCUUCAGAGUGGAAGAGCGACGUCGGUGCAGGGCGUUCCUACCCCACCAGGCGCCUCAACGAGUUCUGGACCAUCGAGCUCGGCCCAGCCCAGUGGAGGCUUGCCAUCUGAAACAGCAGUGCUCAGCAGCGUGGCGCCCACGCCGUCGAGAGCCGUGGACCCUGCUAAUUCCAGCGUUAGCCUUGUCACCUCUGAACCACCCCUCAGCUUACCUGCUGGCAUCCCGGGCCCAGGUCUGAGCACAUCCGUGGAUCCAAACGCCGUCGACACAGCCGCUCAACCUACCCCAAGCCGCGGAGGUGCGGUGCUGUCUUCUUCGACUUUCAGUCUUGGGAAUCAGCCAACCGCAGGACCAAGUGGAUCGCAGACGACAGCUGCCCCUCCACUGGCCUCUCGACUAAGCAGCAUCGUAUCUCAAGCUCUUUCCUCGGCCAGCAGUCUCGUUGGAUUGAGACCGGCAUCUACAACAGCAACGACCGCCAGCGCUACGAGUACAGCUCAAGGCGACAACAAUGCAAAUGCUCCCAACCGGCCCAAUACGGGUGGCGCAGCAGGGACUCAGACUAGCCAGAGUGGAGCCUCCGUUGAGAUCCCACGCCAAUCCAGCAGCAUAUUGUCGGGCGGAGCCGUUGCUCCCACCGGCCUCUUGAGCAGCUCUGCUGGCUCGAAUCCCCUCCCCGGCGCUCCGGCUGCUACCACAUCGCGAUCGCAGCCGCUUGCUUCUGGUUCUCAAGCGCCUGGCUCUGAUAGCGAGCCACACUUCAAUCAGUCUUCUGGCGCCGUAAGUCCAUUUCGCAUUACUAUGCUUCACGAGCCUACACUGACUUUUGCUUCCUCGCAUUCUUCACAGUCACGCCAGCCUCAGACAGAUGGUCCACAGAGCACCGAUCCUCGGCCUACUGGCUCCACGUCUCUCCGCGGCAGCAGCUCUGCCUCAGGAAACAGCAGCAGUGGCGGCACGCACCCAUCCUCCACGGGCCAUUCAAGCGGAGGCUGCCCGCCAGCGCCUUCGCACACAUUUGGCCCAGUGCUAGACUCCAAAGGCAAAAUUCUCUACCGUCAUGGCGUCCCGCUGUACACUCCAGUGGUCCACAAGCACCACAAAGCGCCCACCAAGACUGUCGUGGGCCAUCCCGUCCAUGAAACGGGCUUCAAGCAUCCUUUGAAGGAAGGUCAAUGCACGUGUAAGCUGCCGGGCGGUAGCAAAUUCCGCACCUCCCUUGACAACUUCAGGCGCAACAUUGCUGCGUGA